AAUGAUACAAUUAUAAGUCCAUUAUAAAGUUGAUUUUGGAUAGGCCCUAUAUAUUUCUGGUAAAUCAAAAUAUUUAGGUAAAUGGAAUCCUGAAAAAGCAAUAAGGAUGAAUUGGACCUGGGUAUAUAUUAAAUUCAUAUUUAGGAUGAUAUUUGGAUAAGUGAUGUAGCUUAUCACACUAUGGAAUAUAAAUAUUUCAUUUCUGAUUAUGAUAAAGUUUAAAAUAUAUUUUGGGAAUCAGGACCCUACAGAGUUACUAAUAAACAUUCAAUUGAUGUAUGGAACCACAGAAAAAUAUGUUUUCAAUGUUCAAAUCCAAAGAAUUUAUAAAUUUACAUUGCUGGUUCAUAAGCUUCGAUGGGUCAAUUUUAGAGUAGAGUUCAAUUAAAAAAUAAAGAUGGAAUAUCUUAAUAAAAAUUUCUAAUUAACAUAGAUGACUCUUAAAUUCAUUAUCAAUAUCAUAUUGUUGAUAAAUGUGAGUUUUCUAGUCCAAUUUAUAUUGUGGAUAUAAAUAGUUAAUGUAAACAGUAGUAAUAUUUAAUUUAGAAUAAUAUUAUAAAGAUGCUCUACUCAUCUUCUAAGAUGGACUUACAAAUCCCAAAAAAAUGGUAUAUUAGCUAACUAAAAAUAUCUGUUAUGGUUAUGUUCCUAAUGAAUAGAAUGAUUAUUAAGUUUUAAAGAAAGCUAAUUUAAAAACAAUUAUUGAGUUUUGUAAUAUGAAAGAAUAGAGUACACUUGAAUAAAAAACAAUAAAUGAAGAAAUUGUACAUUUGAUUGUCAAUCUCUAUUAUUUCAAAUAGGAAAGCUUCACUUAGAGUCUACUUUAACUAAUUCAAGUUUUAAUUCAAAAGUAUUAAGUAAUAUAUAUUAAUAUAUAUUAUUUUUAGUUACUUUAUAUAUGCAACAAUUCUCUAACUCAUCUAAGAAAAUAUUUAUCUGCUUAUGAAAAACUCACUUUUAGUCCGGAGUGA